AUGGUGAAGGAAACGAAUCAAGGAAGCUACGUUUGCAUUGAACAGAAAGAAGGAAGGUUUAGAAGACUGUUCAUAUGUUAUGUUGCUUGCAUCAUUGGUUUCUUAAAUGGAAGUAGACCACUAUUAUUUUUGGAUGAGACCUUUUUGAAAGACAGAUACAAAGGCAUGCUCCUCAACGCCAUAGUAUACGACGGAGACCGAGGGAUAUUUCCACUUGCGUAUUGCAUAUGCGAUCAGGAAAAUGUAGCUAAUUGGAGAUGGUUCCUUCAAGGGCUAUGGUCCAUACUGUAUGAAAAGUCAGACCCAUACAAUCCUCCCCACCAAUUGAUAAUUAUUUCUAAUGCUGACAAGAGGAUUCGAGAAGCUGUGAGAGAAUAUUUUCCUAAAGCAAUUCACUCAAGAUGUGUUCUACACCUGGUUGAAAAUUUUAGAUCAAAGCUAAAGGAUUCGGGAAUGGGAAUGAAGGCAAAGUACACACAAAUUUUGGGAAAUUUGCUCCAAUAUGCUUGCUAUAAAUACACUACAACAAAAUGGAACGACUACAUGAAGGAAAUUUAUGAGAUGUCUCCAGCUGCAUAUGAGAUUGCAAUUAAUUAUUCGUCAGAGCAGUGGGCAAAUGCAUUCUUCCCUAGAAUUAGGUACGGCAUUCAAUCAUUAUGA